UAAGGAGGUUGGAUUCGGAAGCGUGUUUGUUUUAGCAGGAAGUGCUGCUAAAUUAAAAAGCAAAGGGAUCAACAAAGUGCCUUUCUUGUGAAAUACUGCACAUUGAUCAUUUUUUUACUUAUAAAAAGGUAAACAACGAUUUUCGCGAUGGGUGUGCACGACCUGUGGUCCAUUCUGGGGCCGGUUCGGGAGUCGGUGCCAUUGUACAGCCUCACCGGAAAGACCCUGGCCGUGGACCUUAGCCUGUGGGUCUGCGAGGCCCAGCACGUCCAAGCAAUGAUGGGGAAAGUCACCAAACCUCACCUCCGGAAUCUGUUUUUCAGAAUUUCCUCUCUCACACUGAUGGGGGUAAAGCUAAUUUUUGUCAUGGAGGGAGAGGCCCCCAAACUCAAAGCAGAGACUAUGAGCAAGAGGACAGACAUGAGAUUUGGGGGGUUUGACAAGUCAGCCCCUAAAAAACAAACUACAAAGACCACCAACAGGGGUCGCUUCAAUGCUGUGCUGAGAGAGUGUGCAGAGAUGCUGGACUGUCUGGGUGUCCCCUGGGUGACAGCAGCAGGGGAGGCUGAGGCCAUGUGUGCCUUUCUGGAUGCCCAGGGCCUGGUGGACGGCUGCAUCACCAACGAUGGGGACGCUUUUCUCUACGGAGCGCAGACCGUCUACAGAAACUUCAACAUGAACACCAAGGAUCCACAGGUGGAUUGUUACAGGACUUCUAGGGUGGAGACAGAGCUGCAGCUAGCCAGGGAGACGCUCGUGGGUCUGGCCAUUCUUCUGGGCUGUGAUUACAUUCCUAAGGGUAUACCAGGAGUUGGGAAAGAGCAAGCUCUAAAACUCAUACAGACAUUGAAAGGACAAACACUUUUACAAAGAUUCAGCCAGUGGAGGGAGGAGGGUGUGGUUGCGCCAGAGUGGGUCCUAAAGAAGGUCCCUCACUGCCAUUUGUGUCGCCAUCCUGGGUCAGCCAAGGCUCACGAGCGCAGUGGCUGUGUGUUGUGUGACAGCAAGCACUUCUGUGAGCCUCAAGACUAUGACUACCAGUGUCCUUGUCACUGGCACUGCUGUGAGCAGACACGACAGGCCUCUUCAACAGAUGCCAGCAUCAGGAAGAAAACACUGGCAAGUGAUAAAUUCCCUUUUACAGAGAUCAUAAAUGAAUUUCUGGUAGACAAAGACAAGCCUGUCCACAAUUUCAAAAGGAGGAAACCGAACAUGCUAUUAAUGCAGAACUUUGCGUACAAUAAGAUGGAGUGGCCUAAGCACUAUACCAGUGAGAAGGUUCUGGUCCUGAUGACGUACACUGAGCUGAUGAACAGAAAACAUGGAAGAGCGACGUCGUCUCUGAUAAAACCUCUACGUAUAUGGAAGCCAAGAGUAAGGAAUGCAAUCGCCAGCUUUGAAAUCAUCUGGAGUAAGCCAGAUCACUAUGUGUUUUCUGAGGACCACCCUGAGGACAGCCAGGACGAGGUGAGGACGGUGGAGGAAGAGGCUCUGUUCCGCCUGGCCUACCCACACGUGGUGGAGCUGUACCUCAGGGAGAAGGCUGAGAACAAGACCAAGAAGAAGAAACCAAAGGGUAAGAAAGAUCACUGUGAUGUUUCUGACCUCCUGGCCAAGAUGUCUUUGCACAGUUCCACUGCUGACAACAACACCCAACAACCCUCUGCCGCGGCAGCAGCACUGACCAUUGCAACAAGUAACAACUCAGUGUUGGUCCUGGAGGGUCCAGAGUCUCCAAAAAAGCAUCUGGAUCCUGGUAAAAACCAUCCCCGCUUAGAAGUACGUCUUGGAGCUCAGACACAGGAAGUGAUGUCACCUCCGUCUUUCACUUCCUCUGGGAAGAUUCCAGAAGCAGCGGCCUCCUCUCCGUCUGUUUCCAUGGUGAUGGAUGCUCUUCACCUGAGUGACAUCGACUGGGAGUCUCAGUCAUUCACGUCCUCCCCGCCCCCGCAGGCUGCUGGCGCUCGCACUGCCACUGACCUCAAGUCACUCCAAACCACAAAUGAUAGUGUCGAAGAAAGGAUCACAAAACUGGGCCCCUCUACUGAUCUCAGAGCAGCAAUGGCCGUACCAGGGCCAUGUUAUGCAGAGUGUUCGCUGAGGGACAGGAUCCUAAUGAGAAACACCUGCAAGUCUGUGAACAUGGCAGACAAUGAUGAUGUCACCACCAUACACGUAAACUCCCAGUCAGCAGCACCCCUGGAUUUAAUUGAUUCUAACAAGAGUGGCCCCAAGCCAAUGGCACUGAUACCCAUUAAAAGCAGCAAUGAUUCCAAGCCAUCAGAACAGCUGCUGGUGUGUGGCAAGAAAGCCACACUUGUUGAUAAGGACCAGAGCAUUGCAUUGCCCCAUAAGCCUCGAUCUGCUCAUCACAGCUCAAAACCUAUCUCAUUGAACUCAACACAAACCGGCCCAGUCACAGCAACACAAACACAAGGGGCUAAACAACAUGGUGCCGGUGAACCAAAGUCUCCACAGAAGUACAGAUUCGUAAAGAAGGCCAUAUCUUCUUCCGCUCUGCCACAAAGGAGCCACUCUAAACCUAGCGACACACAGCCUGGUCGGGAUGACAGGAACAUGAAGUCACAUCAACAAACCAAGAAGAGUGUGUGUGCCAGUGUGUGUUCAUCGAGUGAGGACAGUGACACAGAGAACCAGUGUCGGGGAGGAGGGCAGAGCAGGGCCAAAGUCAAACCCAAAAGCAGGCCCAGGUGCCAAUACCUCACAGACUACUCACUGAAACCCACCUCCAAACCCAGCACCUCUACAAAGGCAGCCUGGGACACAGUGACAGCCCAACCCCUCAGGCCUAGAGCUGUGUCUGCCAGUAUGGGUGAACAACCAAUACUAGGCAGCUCUGUGUCUACCAUAGGGAAGUGCCAGGAUGUUCCUCCAAUUAGAGUUGAUGACAUUGUGUUCAUUCCAAGCCCUGUUUCCCCAGUGACUAUAUCUGAUGGUGAUGACUCAGUGAUUUGCAGCAAGAGCCCACUGCCAUUGGCAGAGAGGGUGAAGCUGAAGUUCCUGAAAUGAGUGAUGUGAUAUACCAGAGGUGUUAGGACAGAGAAAAAUAAAUACUAUUUCCUAAUAUUAUUAUUUAAUAGUAUUCUAUCAAAACUGUAUCUAGUUUGUUAAGAAAGUGUAUUUUUAACCUUUGAUAUUGGCCUUUCCUUUUGUCUUCUAUGUACACAAUUGUAGUUUUCUGCUGCUAAAUCUUUAAUGGACUUACAGUAGGAGAUGGAGAAAUAUUUUACUCGUGCAGUUAGGGAGAGGGCAUGUAGAAAUGCUCAUAUGUUCUGUGAUAAAGUUUUAUUUUUAUAAAACCCUAUACUUUUCAACGUU